ACUCAACCCUCUAUGGCCAGACUGCUACAAAAAGCUGGUUAUGUUAUAUCAUGUAUCCGUGAAGUUGGCGGCGCCAUUGCUGCAACUCUCGUGAUACAGUACCCUCAUGUCGCCAUUGUUGCAUUGUUGCUGCAAGACACAAUAAUGCGAUAUGAUUGCGCCAUGUUUUCCGUGGUAUGUAUAUUAUCAACGGGCAUAUUCUAAACACAAAUUCAAUGCUCUUGACAACCCCAGAGCCCUCCCGUUUUGCCAAUAGCCGCAAUUCAACCACUCUAUAAUCAUAGUAUAAUGUCUCCAAACAACUUCGCUGCCGUCCUGCCCGUCGCCCAAGGGACCAUCACUGUCGGCCCAGUCGAUUAUCCUACCCUUCCACCUGGGGGAGUGAUUCUGCGCAACACCGUCGUCGCGUUCAACCCCGUCGACUGGAAAAUCGCCCGCAACGGUAACCGCCCGAUCGAAUACCCGGCUGUACUGGGCUACUCCUACGGCGGGGUCGUCGAGGCCGUGGAUGAAGCCGUCUCGCGCGUGAAGAAGGGAGACUAUGUUUUUACGCACAAUCCGAAGGCCGGGGGCUUUCAGCGAUUCUCGGCCGCAGAUGCCACAUUCGUGGGCAAGGUCGAUGAGAAAUCUGUAGAGGAGACGGCGGCGGUGGUGCUCAACCUCCGCACCAUCAUUGGAGCUGCAGUUGAAGCAGGUUUGGAUCGCCCAAAAGACACCACGACAGCGAACCCAUCGAACGGCAAGAAGGCACUGGUCUAUGGUGGUUCGUCGUCUCUUGGCGCUCUAGCCAUUCAAUACCUUGUGCAGGCUGGUUACACUGUCAUCAGCACCUCCUCUCCAGCCAACCACGCGCUCGUGAGCGGGUUCAGAGCAGCGGUCGUGGUCGACCAUACGAAGUCCGCGGACGAUGUCGUUGCGGCGUUGAAGAAGCACGGUCCGUACGACUUUGCGUUUGACGCAAUCUCAACGGCCCCAGCCACAGCGAUUAAUGCGGCCGUUCUGGGGGCUCAGUCAGGCGACAUCGUGCUCUACUCGGUCGGGCCUCCACCGGCCGAUGUUGAUAUUCCGAAAAAUGUGACCCGUGUGGUUAAAGGUUGGCCAUCGUCCCUUGCGGCUUUGGAUCCGAGCUUCGAUGAAUGGGUGUUCGUCAAGUACAUUCCUGAAGCUGUAGCAGCAGGCACGUUGAAGAGCGUCCCACUUGAGCUUAUUCAUGGUGGGCUUGGAGCCGUUGAUGGGGCACUGAGGAAGCUAGAGCAAGGGGUAAGUGCACAAAAGUUGAUCCUGUAUCAGUGGGAGGAUGCACCGAAAAGUGAGCUCUGAUAUUUUGACGGAGAGAGGGAGAAAUGAAGAGCUACUCAAGAUGAUGAUAAAUGAGAGACGAAAUAUUUUGACCAAAUCUAAG